AAAAAAAAGGCGUUGUGCAGCGUGUGGUUCACACCCCCGUCUGUGGCAGAAGGAGCACAGCUGCUGUUCGGAGUGGACUGUCACCUCCUGCGCUCUGCUGCUGCCCCCGCUGCAAGGAGAUGAGCUUCUUGUUUGGCAAUCGAUCCUCUAAAACCUUUAAGCCAAAAAAGAGUAUUCCUGAGGGUUCCCACCAAUACGAGUUGCUAAAACAUGCGGAAGCCACCCUGGGUAGUGGAAACCUGCGCAUGGCUGUCAUGCUGCCAGAGGGAGAAGAUCUCAAUGAGUGGGUGGCCGUGAAUACUGUGGAUUUUUUCAACCAGAUCAAUAUGUUAUAUGGGACCAUAACAGAUUUCUGUACAGAGGAAAGUUGUCCAGUAAUGUCUGCUGGUCCAAAGUAUGAAUACCACUGGGCAGAUGGAACAAAUAUAAAGAAGCCGAUUAAGUGCUCUGCUCCCAAAUAUAUUGAUUACCUAAUGACUUGGGUACAGGACCAGCUUGAUGAUGAAACACUUUUCCCCUCAAAAAUAGGAGUUCCGUUUCCAAAGAACUUUAUGUCCGUAGCCAAAAUUAUAUUAAAGCGACUUUUCCGAGUUUAUGCCCACAUCUACCACCAGCACUUUGACUCCGUUAUCCAGCUGCAGGAAGAGGCACAUCUCAACACAUCAUUUAAGCACUUUAUAUUUUUUGUCCAGGAGUUCAACUUAAUUGACAGAAGAGAACAAGCUCCCCUGCAAGAACUAAUUGAAAAGCUGACAUCCAAGGACAGAUAAGAUCUAAGACACAGUGCACAGAUGCCUUUCAUGCGUGCAAGCUUUGUGUCAUCAUUUCUGGUCCGUUUAUAACAGCCAAAACCAAUUUUAUUUUUGUUAAUUUUUUGCGUGUGUGCUUACAGAGGGAAUGUGAUGUAUCUAUUUUCUUGCCUUCUAGUGAUUCCAGUUGAAUGUAUUUUACAUAAGCAGUUUUGGAGGAGAAGGAAUCUGUUGUACCCCUGUAAUACUUUGCACACCCUUUACUGCACUGAUGAGGUUAUGUAUAAUGUGCCUAAUUGAAAUAACGCCUCAGUUUCUACUCAACCACUAAAGAUAUUGUACAUUAUUACAUGAAUGCUUGCUGAUUUCCUAGCUAGUGUAGUAAAUGGCCAAACGGAACAUGAGCUCCAAUGUGAAGGAGGCGUGCUUUGCCCAUAAACCAGACACUGUAAACACAUUUUAAUGGUAUGUAUGCAUCCGAAAUAGACUUUUAAAGAUGAGAAAUAGCAUAAAAAGUUGAGAUUUUUUUUAAAAUUUGGUUUACAGUAAGUGGAGCUAAUAUACAGUAUAUAUAUUUUGGACCGUAGCAGCGUUUCGGACCUUAAUGUUUCAAUAAUGUAUGCCUUAAGCUAAAGCAGUUCCUACACCCUAACAAGGAAGAGUUGAGAGUUUUGAGACCUACAAAAUCCUGAAUUAUUUUGUGGUUUGGCUUUGUAACAAGAAGCAGGUAAGCAGUAAGAGGACUGUAAUAUGUCAUGAAAGUGCACAUAGAACAAAUACUUUCAUUUGCAUAGCAAUAUUUGGAAAUGUUUGGACAAAAAAGAUUAAAAACUGACAUAUGA